AUGAAAGGUAACUAUUCGUAUGAGAGACAGUAUCCGAAUAACUGGAACGCUAAUGCACAGGAAUUGAACAAAAGAAAAAUUAAUGUUAAAAAUGGAAAAAAUAAUGAUAUGAACAAUUACAACACAACAGUGGACAAAUCAUCAGGAACAUUUCCAAACAAUGUAAAUGAUAAAAAAAAAGGUUACAUGAAUGAAGAAGGAGAUCCGAAAUUUAAGCCCCCAUCAAAGAAUAUUGCGUCGUAUAGCUAUACAGAUCAAAAUUAUUACCAUAUGGGAAAUGCUAACAAUGUAACGUAUGCAAAACCAAAUCAUUAUAAUCAAUCGUAUGUGAAAUAUACGAGUGCGAAAAUGGCAGGUAGUAACGGGAAUUCUGGGAAUGGCUAUGGAAACUACAGCUAUUCGAACUAUGGCAAUUAUAACAGCAACGGAAAUUUUGGAAAUUACGGAAGUUAUGGAAGUCAUGGAAAUUAUGGAAAUCAUGGAAAUCAUGGAAAUCAUGGAAAUUAUGGAAAUCAUGGAAAUUAUGGAAAUCAUGGAAAUUAUGGGAAUCAUGUAAGCAAUGCAAAUCAGUACUAUGGGAGCCAUGGAAAUCACGCCUAUGGAAAUUAUGACAAUCACAAUUAUAGUGGCUAUGACAAUUAUAACAAUUACAAUCACAAUGGAUAUGGUGGUGGUAAUAACUAUGAUGGCCAUGUCAACUUUAGCAACCAAUAUAGCAGUUAUGAAAAUCACAACAAUUACGGGUAUGGAGGUCAUCACUACGGAGGCUACAACCAAGGGAACUAUAACCAUGGAAAUUAUAACCAAAAUAAUUACAACCACAACACCCACAACAAUUACAGCAACCACAACAACCAUGGCAGCUACAACAACCACAACAAUCACGGCAGUUACAACCACGGGACCUCGUACGAUAUGCACAAUUUUUGGAUGUACGGGUACGGGCACGGCGCGAAUAAUUAUUACUAUCAUAACCACGGUGUAAAUAACAACUAUAACUCUUUAGAGAACACGAAUCAGAUACAUUAUGACUACAGUGGAACCAAAUACCAUCAUCAUUAUUCACCCUAUAAGGGUAGCGAACCGCACGCGAAGUAUAAUGAAUUAAUUAACGAUUUGUACUACAAAGCAUCAUAUUAUUUAAAGAAAAAUAGAAAAUAUAUGCAGAAAAUUAUUAAAAAUAAUUGUGUUAUUAAUAUAUACUUAGUGAGACAUAUGGAAGCUGAACAUAAUAGAGAAGUCAUGGAAAAUAAAAACACGUCACGAGAUUUAAUUUAUAAGGACAUAAAAUACUUAGAUUGUAAGGCAAGCGAACAAGGAAUAAAAAUGUGUGAAUAUUUGAAGAGUGAUAUAAAUAAUAAGUUAUAUCAAAAGAUUAUACAAUUGUAUAAUAAUUCUAUUGAUAAAAAUAAGCAAACUUCCAUGUAUAAUAAUGGAAAUAAGAGAGAAAGUAUUAAAAGCAACAGUUGUACUGGAAACAAUAACAACGACAAGAAUGAAACUUACAAUAUAAGUAGAAAGGGUAUAUUUGAAAGAAAUAGCGAUUUUGUAAUUAUUUCUUCUCCCCUUAAAAGAUGCCUUGAAACCAUGAAGUACUAUUUUAAUUUCAAAAAGAAUAUUCUUAUAUAUGAACCAGUUCGAGAAAUGGCAGGGAAUUAUUUCAGUGACGAAAGAUCAAAAACUUCUGAUAUAAAGAAAUUUUGUGAUAAAAAUUUCGAUGAUUAUGAAAUUGUUUGCUUCGGAGAAAACGAUAUUUUGUAUGGAAACAAAUUUAGGGAAUCAUCUGAUCAGGUCUACUGUAGAUGCAUGCAAUUUUUGAAAAUGGCACACGCGCUUGCUGUGAAUUAUUUUGCCUCUCUUGAGAGGGAUGAAAAUGAAGCCACAGAUGAAGGUAACCAAAAGUAUGAGGAUCAUGUGGAAAGUAUGAACAACGAGGGCGAUGGAAAGCAUUACCCUCUGGACGAUACAGAGAAGAUAGAAAAGAACAUGAAAUUAGAAGAGCAUAAUAAUAAAAUGGAUGGAAAAGACAAAACAAAGGAUAGUGACAAGGCGGAUGAAGAAUCACACAUUAAAAGAGAGGUCAAUGCGUUCAUGAAUACCCAUGAGAAGGAAGCUCAGCAAAGUAGCCCUUUGGUCGAGAAGAAGGAAUCAGGUACGGGUGACGGUUCAUUCCAGGGAAAGGAGCAGAAGCAAGAGCUAGAGCAAAAGCAAAAGCAAGAAGCACAGGCAGCGGAUGAAAAGAAUAACCAAGUGAACCCAAACGAAUCGAUGGGGAAGGGAAAAAAACGUGUGUUCAAUAUCGUCCUAGUAUCACAUAGCUCGUUCAUAAUGCAUUUUUUAGCGCUCUUAGAUUACCUGAAUUUAGAUGAAAGAAACUUCAAGAACUGUGAUAUAAAGAAAGUAACAAUACCAUUGUCAAACACGUUUUUAUUUUUUAACAAUGUAGUUAACAUUCAAUUGGCGAAGCCAUUAUGCACAAAUAAUUUACCAUUGUCAUUCCGAAACAAUAAUAAAGUAUUAAAAAAAGCAUUUAAGGACAGGAAUAUAUACACGCUAAGCAGUUACAAUGAUUUUGAUGAAUUGACGUGUCAACACUCAUGCACAUUUGUUAUAUAUCAGUAUCAGGAAUUGAUAAAGAAUGAGAAAAAUAAGAAAUAUUUAGAAAAAAUUCAAAGUUUUAUUGAUCUUUCCAAUAAGGAAUAUGAAGAAGCAGAUAAUGCAUUUUCGAAUGGUAUGUAUAAGAAUUUUGUUAAAAAGGAGAAAAAACAUAUGGGAAGAAAUAUGUUCGUUACAGAUGCGAGUAAAAAUCUUCUAUACGUGGAAGAAAAGAAUGCAUGGGAAGUUAAUAAUAAAGGUUUUUUCAUAGGUCAAAUUGUAGUUAUCAUUGUUCUUCCAGAUGUAGAAGCAACUACAAGUACAAAUAACCCAAGAAAUAGUAAAGAUUUCAAAUAUAAAUUUAGUGAAAAUUCACAUUUUUUAGAAAAUGUAAUACAUGUGGUAAAUAAUUAUGACCAUAUACAAGAUUUAAUUAAAUCCAAAAGUUUUUGGAGAGUAUUAAAAGAAAAUAUUCACAAUUUGGAUCUAAAUGCAUUUCAGGAAUAUCUUAUUAGUAAAUAUAACAAAACUGUUAAAGGGGACGAAAUAGAUAAUGUAUGUUACCUUGAUUUAGUGAAUUGUUUGGAAAGCAAAACUUUUAUGGAAAUGUAUCAAGACAGAUGCAAUGGGUAUUUGAAAAGAUUAAAGGAGAGGUAUGACACAAAUUCGUACAUAGAUAUGGAACAAGAAUGUAAGCACAUUAAUGAAAAUUUGAUUUCAGAGAUAUUUACUCUUGAAUAUGCUACCAUUGCUGAAAGUACUGUCGGAAGAGGAGCUAGUACUAGUAGUAACAUUAAUGAUGUAAAUUCUAAAGGUGACAAUACUUUGCUAGAAGAGCAUAUGUUAGUUAAAAGAAAAUUCAUAUACAUCCCUAAAAAAACACUUUUAUCAUCUUCCAACAAAGGGAUAUGUGAAAAGACACCAAUUGGAAACACGAAUCAAAGAGGUGAAGGAGGAGGAGGAGUAGUAGUAGAUUCUCAUAACUUAAGUAAAAAUUUCAUUCAGGAAAAUAUUAACAUGUUGAAAUCUUUUCCACAGGUCAUUCAAAAUUUGAAUGUGGAAAUGUUCUAUCGUGAUCACUUUUUUUAUUUCCAUUGUUUGCAUAGAUUUAUUAAAAGUAAAAAUAAAGUGGAAGGUCUUAUUAUAUCUAAGUUAUUAACAUUCCUUGAUUUGUUAAAAGCAUUUGAUGUUAGUGUUUCAAAUAAAAUAUUCCAAAAACUAGCCAAAUUGGAUUCCUUAAUUAAGAAUAAUACUGAUUUGGAUGAUGAAAACAGGAUUAUAAGUACAUACUCAUGUGACAAAAAAUGUGCACUUGUAAACAAUACUUGUUACUAUGAUGAGUCUUCAAGGAAAUACAAGCCCAUUCAGAUAUUGAGAGGAAGAAAAAAGGAGGUAGUCGAUGACCUGAAUUACAUUCGAUAUAAUCUACUUACUGUAUCCGGAGGUGCUGAAAAUGUAUUCAUUUUGAAUGUUCUCAAGUAA